CAUUGAUCAUUUACGAAAGUUACUUGUUACGAUAAACUAGUGCGUCCUGACGGUGGAGCUUUGUUGGAAAUUCUACGAGAAUAUAAUGCAGUUCAAGGUAAUUUCAUUCGGCUUAAUGCUGUCUCUUUUGGUGCUAAAUGGAGUUAAAUCUGAAUGCAAUAAUUACUAUUACUAUUUAGAAGAGGGACAAACAAAGUAUAUAUUUAAUGAUGAAUAUCCGAAUGAAUAUGAAGGUCAACAAAAUUGUUUUGUGAAAAUUGAAAGCCCUGUUGUUGUCAAAAUAAAGUGUACUAUUGAACAAAAUUCUGUAGAUUGUAGAGCAAAUCAAUUUCGUAUAUACAUAGGAAAUUCUACAAAUGUUUACUGUGGUUCCCAAACAGUUGUUAAUGAAGGAUUUAAUCCAAUUAUACAGCUUAUCACGACAAAUAACUCGAAAGGUCGAUUUUUAUGUGAAAUUAAAGCUGAUAUAAAUCAAAAUGACUGUCAGUGUGGUUGGAAAAAAGUGACUAGAAUAGUAGGCGGUAGGGAAACUGGAGUAAAUGAAUAUCCUCCGAUGGCUGGAAUUGUGAAUUUUGUAAAUAGAAAUCUAGAUUGCGGUGCUACCAUAAUAUCUCUCCGACAUGUGAUAACGGCAGUACAUUGCAUAAAGAACAUGAACAUUAAUGAGAUUGGCGUAGUUGUUGGUGAACAUGAUACAUCCACAGGUGCUGAUACCAGCGCAACCAGGUUGUUUGCGCUACUCAGAUACACGAUUCAUCCUGAAUAUUAUGAAGAUAACGGAUACUCUCAUAAUGAUGUAGCUGUUUGUAAAAUUAAUGGAAGAUUUGAAUAUAAUUCUGAGGUUGGUCCGGCCUGCUUACCAUUUCAACAUAGAUAUGACUCAUUCGUUGGUAUCUACCUCACUGCAUUAGGGUGGGGUCUUACGGAAUAUGGUGGCUCUAAAUCGAAUACGCUUCAAGAAGUAGAUCUACAAGUAAUAAGUAAUAGAGAAUGUCAAAGGACUUAUCCUAAUGUAAACGAUCGUAAUCUGUGUACUUUUACGCAGGGGAAAGAUACAUGUCAGAUGGAUAGUGGCGGACCUCUUUUCUGGCUGGAUCCUGCCACAAAUAAACUUGUAUUGAUUGGUACUACAUCUUCUGGUAUUGGCUGUGCUUCAAGUAAACCUAGUAUAUCGAUGCGUGUAGGAUCUUUUCUCGAUUGGAUAAUAUCUGUAACUCCAGGUGAACAAUAUUGCAUCGUUGAAUGAGCUUAGAAGGACCUCUGUGUUGACACUUUAUUAUAUAUAUAUUUACCAUGAAAC